CUUUCUUAUAUUUUUCAAUUACCAACUUAAUUGAUUCUUCAUAUAUAAUAUAUUGUUAGCUGUUCUUCUACAUUUAACGGCAUCCAUCUUGAAGUUGCAAACAAUGGAUCCAAUUUCUGACCCACCAUUUGAAGAAGCAUACAAGAAUCUUUUAAACAAGACCCAAAACAAUUCUAAUGAUUUCCACAACGGCAUCGAGAAAUUUGCGGUGGUCGAGGAACGCGAACUCCCGAUGAUCGAUCUCAGCCGUUUAGAAAACGAGGAUGAAAUGGUAAGAGAAGAAUGCAAGUUUGAGAUAGCUAAAGCUUCACAAGAAUGGGGUUUUUUCCAAGUUAUAAAUCAUGGGAUUCCAAAAGAUAUUUUUAACAAGUUGAAGAGUGAACAAGAGAAAGUGUUUAAGCUUCCAUUUGAUAAAAAGACUAAAGAGGACAAGUUCUUGCAAUUUUCUUCUGGUAGUUACCGUUGGGGAACACCUUCUGCCACGUGUGUUGGACAGUUAUCUUGGUCAGAGGCAUUUCAUAUCCUUUUAAAGGAUGUGUUAGGGUCAAGUACCCAAUCAAAUACACUUAGGUCAUCAAUUGAAGAAUUUGCUACCAUAUCAUCCAACCUUGCACAAACAUUAGCUGAUAUUCUUGCUGAAAAAAUGGGUCAUGAUUCAACUUUUUUUAAGGAUAAUUGCUUGCCCAAUACUUGUUAUCUUCGAUUGAACCGAUAUCCUCCAUGUCCCAUAGCUUCUCCAAUUCAUGGUCUAAUGCCACACACUGAUAGUGACUUCAUCACCAUACUAUAUCAAGAUCAAGUAGGAGGAUUGCAAUUAGUCAAAGACAAGAAAUGGAUUGCAGUUAAACCAAACCCUAAUGCUCUUAUAAUCAACAUUGGUGACCUAUUUCAGGCUUGGAGUAAUGGAGUUUACAAGAGUAUUGAACAUCGAGUUGUUACCAACCCAAAAAUAGAAAGGUUCUCUAUGGCAUAUUUCUUAUGCCCUUCAAAUGAUACAGUGAUAGAGAGUUGUAAAAAGCCUUCUCUUUACAAAAAAUUCAGCUUCCAGGAAUAUAGACAACAAGUUCGAGAUGAUGUUCAAAGUUUGGGUUCCAAAAUAGGCCUACCUAGGUUCCUCCUGUUUUAAUAUAUUUUUGCUUAUAAAUAAAAUAUCAUGAUGAGAAAUUAUAAAAAUUGUACUAAAUAGUAUAGAAUAUUUGUAUGAGUGUAGCCUAAUUAUUAUGUAUAUUAUUAUUAUAUUAUUGUUAUGAUAUUAUUAU